GCCAUCUUAAACUAUACUUUAUUUAGAAGUCUACACUAUGUCUAGUCGUAGCACUCAAAAUACAGCUUUUAAAUCUUUAUUAGAUGCAGUCAAAUAUUGUGAUAAAUUCCCAUAUACGAUUGAUCCUACCUCAAAUAAUGAAUUGCAUCACGCUGUUCCUUUCAUUCUCGGCUCUUACACCAUAGGUCACAUUUUACCUCAUGUUUUACCUGCAUUAAAUGAAUACAACGAUAAACAAUCAAGAAAACCUUUUGACAUUCGUCCUAAUGUCAUUCAAUUUAGUCAAUGGGUCAAUACAUCUGAAUUACGAACGAUGGUCGUCAAGGAGUUGAUGGAUUCUUGGAGAGCCCAAAAGACAUUUGAUAUUUUAACAGGAUGGAGGAAUGAGCUUUAUCCUGUAUAUGGGGAUGAAAGUCAACCUGAUAAUAUUGCCUUUGUGAUGGAACGUGCUGCGUCACCUUUAUUUGGUAUCCUUACCUUUGGUGUUCAUCUCAAUGCAUACACCAAGACAGAGGAGGGUCAAAUUUUAAUGUGGGUUGCUAAACGAUCAAAAACAAAGCAAACAUGGCCUAAUUUAUUAGACAAUUGUGUGGCUGGUGGUAUUUCAUAUAAUUAUUCUGUGAAAGAUACCAUUAUUAAAGAAUGUGACGAAGAAGCAAGUAUACCUAUUGAAAUUGCGUCAAAGGCUCGUAGUGUAAAUACAAUUACAUAUUAUACAUAUACAUCUGGUGGAUUACAGCCAGAGACUCAAUACAUAUUUGACUUGGAAAUGCCAAAAGACUUUACACCUACUCCUCGUGAUGGGGAAGCAGAAUGUUUUUAUCUUUGGCCAUUAGAAAAAGUAAAAGAAACGAUUUUAAAUAAUGAAUGGAAACCUAAUUGUGCAUUAGUGGCAAUUGAUUUCAUGAUGCGACAUUCUUUUAUUACUCCUGAUGAUGAACCGGAUUAUAUUGAUAUCACGUAUGGUCUUCAUAGAAGACUUGAAUUUCCUACUCCUCAUAAUAAAAAGAGUUAAAGUUUAGAUUCACUGGACUUUUUAUAAAGUACAGCAUAGCCAUUAUUGAUAACUACUAUGUCUCUUUCUUUCACUUUCGCAAUAAAGAUCACACCUUCCUCUGUCUUUGGAUGAUCUUGACUAUCCACUUUCCACAUAUAGAUUUCAAUUGUUUCUCCAGGAAAGACAGGAGAAGCAAAACGUGCUUCAAUUGAUUUAAAUCUUGAAGGAUCAUUAUUAGCUAAAGCUUUUAUGAUAGCGUGUCCAC